GGGCAGACCACCCGUCCGCGGCUGGCCACUCUUUGGGCCCGAGGGCAGGCGGCCGGAGGAGGAAGGCUCGCUCCAAGGCGCCUCCUCUGCCUCUGGGCCGCCAUGGAUGCCUGCGCCACGUCGCGGGCCGUCUCGGGGAGCGACGAGGUUCACCUCGCCCUGGCGGAGCAGCUUUUCGACUCGAUCCGCCACCCGAGCGACGUGGACGGCGCCCUGCCCGGAGCGCCAGCCGACGGCGGCGACCGCGGCGCGCGGAUCUCGACCUCGGACCUCGCCCGGGUCAUCCGCGCGUGCGCGGACACCAUGGAGGGCGAGACGGGGGUGUGCAUCGCGGUGGACGACCUGGGGGUGCCCCUUGCGCCCUGCGGAGCCGUGCCCGAUGACUCGCAGCCCGACCAAAGAUCGGUCGGGCCGAGUUCCUGGAGGCCAUGCGCAAGGUGCAGAGCAUCAUCGGCCGCCGCGCGCUCGGCGUGGGCCUGCGGGCGCAGCUGCGCUUCGUGUCCGCGCCCUCCUCGGCUCCCUGCGAGUGGCAGCAGCUCUCGCCCGCGCCUCCGGAGUCGCGGGCCACCAGCACGACGGCCACGGGCGGAGGC